AUAAAAUAAAUAUUUAAGUAAUAUACUAGUUUUAAGAAAAGAAUGAUUAAAAUUAUAUCAGAUAAUACCAAAAAGGACGGACAAAGAUAAAUAGCAAGCUCUAUCCAUUUCAAUUCAACUUUCUGAAUCCUACUAUGCUAUGAAUAUUGUGUACAAAACUAAAAUAUACCCUAACCUGCCUCUGGUUAAUCUGCAAUCAUAUUUUAAAGCAGGAAUCUUCAACUAUUCUCUAGAAUUAUAUAAAAGGACUGUUGUUCACAUGGAAUUAAUCUCACUUUAAUUAAAGUUCAGCUAUGCCUCAUUUGUAUUCACUGAAUGGUUCAGUGAUGGCCUACUCCUUGAAAUCCUUCUUUUAUCCACACUGUUAAGCUACAUCCAGUCUUUCAGUUUUAUUCUAUUUUAUUUUAUUUUGAGUUUCUAGUGAUUAUGAGCACUUUUAAGCUAGCUUUCUCAUAGCUUUUAUAGAUGGCUUGAAAUUUUCUCGAGGUCACCAUUUAGAAGAUUGCCCAUUUUAUUUUUUUCCCGGUGAAACUCCAAUGCUAUAAAAGAUCUGUUUCAACAGAGGGCUGAAUGAAUGUCAUGGUUUUGUAAAGUAAUAUAGCACCUAACAAUGUUUAAAGUUGAAACCCAUGCAACUUACUGUCUGUAAGUAUUUAGAAUGCUUACUUCCAAACUUUAAUUUCUUCUUCCAUCCUUAGUUAUUACAAAGGUCCUUUAUGAUGCUCAGAUGUCCCCAGCGAGGACCUUACCUUAAUGCCAUCAUCAAGUGUUCAGAACAUGUUUCCAUCACAAGUAUGUAAAAAUCCAACCAUCUUCCUUGACAACCAAAAUGAUCCAGGCUUACACUUUUCAGUGGCCGAGACUGGAACUCUUGUGAACUUUCUAAACCUAUUUUCCCUAGAAAGUAGUUGAUCAGGGUAAGCUAGAAGCAUUUUUUUUAGCGCAUUGAGUUGGAGCUUGGAGGAACUAGCAUUUCCCUAAAUUGUCAUAGUCUAGAGAAUAUCACAUUCAUCAACUCUUAUGCUUUGGGUUUUAGUAUAUCUGGAUAAUUCUGUUUGGCAAACAUGUAGAUAUGCAUGGUAUAGUCUGAGUUUUAUGAGGAGUGAACUUGAGGGCAUGAUUUUAAGAAAAUAUAUAUGUUUACCCUCUAAAAAAAAUUUCUUAAAACAUUUCAUUUGAAUGGCAAGCCACUUUGUCUAAAUGAAGCCACUGCCUGUGACAAGUUCUUUUAGUAUCAUCUGGGUAGAUUUUUAUGCUUCAGCUUCAGAUCACCAUCUUGCUGAUGUAGAGUUUCCCACCUUUUUUAAAUUGUCUACUCCAACUAUCAUGCAUCAAAACUUGAUUUUUCAAUGCAUUGUCUUAGCGUACGUUGGAAUGUGUCUCAAAUGAGGAUAAAAGCGAUGCUGUCACUAGCACAUUCGGCAUUGGGUUGAUGAGAGCCGGCAGGCCUGAUGCCUGAUACGGUAUGGGCUGAUAAAAGCCAGCAGCCUGAUGCUGGGUGCCAGUGGUGGCCCAAAAAGCCUUUGACAGAGCUUCCAGUUAAGAAAUGUAAGCGAUGUGGUUUAUAUGAGGCGGACGCUAUAAAAUCUGAUGACGUUUUUGAUGAGUGGGAGCUAUGUCCUGAUGACUUUGUUGAUGGAAGAUAUUCUCAUGUCAAGGACAAGGAAUUCAAUGCCACAUUUAUAUGCCUUGAGUGCAUUGCUUCUGCUGACUCUAAAACUGCCAGCUCAGAUAGCAAGGCUGCAGUCAAGAAACCGAAAGUGGCUCUAGUGGUAAUCAUAUGCAUAUUGGCUUCUGUUGUAACUGCCAUUGGAAUGGUGACUGCAUAUAAACUCUGGCAGAAAAGAAAGAGGGAGCAAGAUCAGGCACGAUUUCUCAAACUCUUUGAAGAGGGUGAUGAUAUUGAAGAUGAAUUGGGCAUAGGACAUGUAAUAUAAAAGUAACCUUUGUUGGGAUAGACCAACCUUUAUUUACUUCAAAUGUAAACCAUGUGUAAAUAUGUUCGAAAUUUUUGCCGCCUUAUGUCCUGUAAUAUAGGAUUGUGUCUGAGAUUCUUCACUUGCAGUAAAUCAUGAGAACCUUAAAUCUGCUUACAUUUGAUCUGUUAACAUGUCGGCCUUGUCAAGCAAGAUCAAUUAAUAACUACUCUUUUUCA